AUGUCGAGCAGGAGGUCACGGUCACGGCAAACAAGUAGUUCAAGGAGUAUCACCGAUGAUCAGAUCAAUGAUCUUGUCUCCAAGUUGCAACAGCUUCUCCCAGAGAUUCGCGAUAGGCGCUCUGACAAGGUUUCAGCUUCGAAGGUGUUGCAAGAGACAUGCAACUAUAUUAGAAGCUUACACAGGGAAGUGGACGAUCUAAGCGAGCGUUUGUCUGAGCUCUUGGCUACAACUGACACUGCACAAGCUGCAAUAAUUAGAAAUUUACUUAUGCAAUAG